AUGGAUGAAAUUUGUAAUGUAUUAAAGGAGUUUAGUGAAACACCAAGUGAUAAUAUAAAUGAUUUAUUUAAAGAAUAUAGUAAAAGUAAAAUGGAUAAAACGGAAGUUAAUUCAAAACUUAAAAAAAUAAAAUGUACUAAACUAAUGGCCUUUGAUGCUAACGGUUUAUACGCUUCAGCAAUGUCAGAUUUAGACAGUGAAUAUCCUAAAGCGGAAAGUGCGAGAGCCUUUCAACCGAAAAAAGAAGAAGAUGAAUUUGUCAAGCUCUUUAAUGAGCAGAAAUUUAGACCUAGAACGGCUAUUUUAAAAGUCAGGUUUGAAUAUCCUACUAACAUGUUCUUCCAAUCCAUACAAGCUAAAGAUAAAAUUACUUAUACGAACAAAGAAGGUAAUAAGGAAACUUGCACUAAAAUCAGGUUUAGAAAUGGUUUCUGUUCAGACGUUUUAACAUCGGUCGAUAUUCAAGAAAUAGUUAAAGCCGGUGGACGAAUUAUUAGAAUAUUAGAUGGUAUAGUAUACGAAGAAAAUUUUAAAACUCCACCAUAUAGAGAUUAA